UUGUAACUACUUGCCUGACUUGGAUGCAGUUCCAGCUCCACAGGGGAUUUUAAAAAGCGCACUUCGCAGGACGGUCAGUGGAAACGCUCUGACUUAUAGGAAGUCGAAGAACAGUCAGGGUGACCCGUUUCAUCGGAAUAUACAGCCUAUAUAUAUCAUUUCAUGCGCUGUUGGAGGAAUUGAUCUUAAAUCCGUUACACACGUACUGCCCCGAGCAUCAUUAAAGCAGCCUGAGUUGCCUCGUAAUUGUGACAGCUGAUAAAAAUCACAUGUCUUUUUAAAUGAUGACAGGGAAAAGUUGCAUGAGGGUACUCUGUAGGAGGAGUUUUUUUGUGACCAAACAAGUAACGGAUUUUCCCUUAUAAAAAAGGAAACUCAGUCCCGAUCGUUCAAUGAGCAGCUUUAUUCGGGGACUCAGAUGUACAGGUUGGUUUGCACCAGCAGAGCUCAUGGCUUCAUUACCCUCCUUCCUUCAACUUGGUCUCUGGUCCUGGUCCGAGCAAACGUGUAGUCACGCAUGGCCAAAACUUGCGUCCAUCUUCUUGUCAAUCUACAAACCAUUAUCUGCCGUCGCCUCCUUUUUACGGAUCACAUGCUUGGGAACUCACGCUGACAGCGAACCCCAAAGCUUGAUGGGUUGACCCACUAGAAGUUUAGCAAUCUCCUCCUCUUUAUCCGCUGCAUAUCCCUGUGCUUCCCCCUUCCAUCCUACAGCUCCGCUUUGUUCAUUCCCUUUGCCACUGCCACUGCCACUACUGCCACUACUACCACCGGUGUGAUGUCUUGUUGUGCCCUCGGCUUGUUUGGACUUGCUGCCGCAGCAUCACACUCCACUACACAGACUCACAAAUGCAUUAGUCACUAGAGUGAAAGACACAGAGAGACUGAGGGGAGAGACAGGCUGACACCACCGGAGGGAGAGCGGUACUACAGGAGUGGCGAGGGAUCUUCAGUCCCAGUAGCAGAGGGAUCCACCUGUCCCACACAGGAAGGGGGACCCCCCACCUGAUCCAUCUGGUUGCAGGGGGGGACCCUGCAUAGCCUGGAAGGCAACAGGGACUAUGCACCUAGGACUGGUGGUGCUGGCAAUGGUCUUUCUCAGCUCCAUGGGUCACAGCGAUGUCCUCAAGCUCUCCAAGGCGAGAAGACAAAGAAGGGUUAGUACGGAGGGGCCACCAUCUUGCCCCAAAGGCUGUGACCGAUGCUCUGAGUAUAACGGCUGCAUUAAAUGCAAGCCCAAGCUCUUCAUCUUCCUGGAGCGCAAUGACAUCCGUCAGAUAGGCGUGUGCCUCGCCUCCUGCCCUGUGGGAUACUUUGGCAUGAGGAACCCAGAAGGCAACAACCGAUGCACCCAAUGUAAGAUAGACAAUUGUGAAGCGUGUUUCAAUCGCAAUUUUUGCACAAAAUGUAAGGAGGGCUUGUAUUCACACAGUGGGCGAUGUUAUGUGAGCUGCCCUCCAGGCCAGCGCACCGCCAAUGAGACCAUGGAGUGUGUUGGUCAGCCUACUUCAGAGUGUGAACUUGGUGAGUGGAGUGAGUGGGGUUCUUGUAUGAAGAAGAACAAAACAUGUGGAUUUAAGAAGGGUACCCAGUCCCGGGUUCGGCUACCCCUUCCGCAGGUUCACAGUCCGGACACGUCCCCUGCCUUUGUACCUUCACAAGCCUGCGCUCCAGACACAGAAAGGAGGAAGUGCAGUGUGACCAAGACGCCUUGUGUGAGAGAGAAGAAGAAUAAGGGAGACAGACAAGACGAUGCAAGCAGGAGAGAGAGGGAGAAUGCACGUGGGCGAGGACGAGAAGGCAAAGAUGGUAAUCGAGGGGGAGGCGGAGGUGGAGGUGGAGGUGGAGGUGGAGGUGGAGGAGGAGGUGGAGGGGGAGGUGGAGGGGGAGGUGGAAAGCGGAGAAAAGGCCAGAGCAGGACGACCACUGCUCCCAGCAUCACAACCAGCUCUGUCACCUAAAGUCCAACACCUGCUGGAUGAGGCCGAAAGACAGUUCCUCACCCAGCAGCACCAGCCACGGACAAAGAUUAGGGCUGAAGGAAUGGAUUCAUGCUGCUACGCUGCAUUGUAGAAGAUGCAAAGAGAACUGGAGGAUUGCUGCAACACACAAUGUUUCCUGAAGAUUUUUGAAUAGCUGAACAUAUCUUGCGGAGACUGUGGCUCUCUGAAAGACUUGCAGAAUUUCGUUCGAGUGUAAGGGAUCACUAUUGGAUAGAAAAGCCACAUUGAAGAUAGUGUGUGUCAUGGACUGACCAUGUGUCACUUUUAUACUAACAACAAAUCCUGUGUUUGAAGCACAGCAUUAAAGCUGGAAGCUUGCUAAUGAAUGAAGGGUUUCUUAAGUCUCCUCUGGUCAAAGACAUAUUGUUUCCAGUCUGAUUUAAUUACAGUUUGUUCUUUGUUUGUUAUUUUGUUUGUGAGAGGUGACAGAUUAAUUUUCUCAACAGUCACCACGUGUGACGUAAAGACUAUGAAUAGUGUUACGUCUUGGUACCUUUAUUUCCUGAUGUGAGAUGAAACUAAAAGAAAGGCACUGGAAAUCAUUUGUGGUGUUGAGGACAGGAGGUCUUCUAUGUCUAUCAUUAUGAAGAGCGGACAAAACAAGCAUGAGAGUAGAUGCAGAGGAGGAUUAGUGUGAACGCAAAUCAUAUCCUCCUCUGGUCUCUCGAUGCAAACUUUUGCCAUUUGAUAGGUUAGUGUUUGUUUUGAAUUAAAUGUUGAUGCUUGUAUCUGAAAAUAUCUCUGCACAGAAACGAGUAUUUGCGCGGUACAAGGCUGCAUGUUAUUGCGUGCAGGAGUCUAUACAUGUGUGUUCGUGUGUGUGUGUGCGUCUUAGUGUGUGUCUCUACCUGAAGUCUGCGUACGUUAAUAUGCAUUUCUGCACGGAUUCAAGAUGUUUGUUGACGGAACUUAGUUAUUUGUACAUGUGUAUUGACGUUUGCACAUAUGUGUUCAUACUGGUCUCAUAGGUUGAAGGAAUAUGGUCCGGGAAACAAGAGGAAGGAAGUGUAAAUGCACAGUGAUAUAUCAAAUAUAAAUACAAGCCACUAAUUAUUAUAUAAGCCAUCAAACCAUCCGCUGUCCAGUAAUAAGUAUGUUUGCCACUGGGUCUUAGGAUUUUGCACAACUAUAAUGUUUCCAACAAUCAUAGCGUUUUACAAAUGUAUACUCAAAAAGCUGGCUUUAUGACAUGUGGGUGUGUUUGUCUUAAACAAGAUCUUGGGUUUAGGAGAAGGUACACGCUACAUUAUUCAUUCAUACUAUGGAUUGUGAUACUGAAUAUGUCAGACUGUGUUUAUCAUCAAACGUACAAAGUAUUAGCAUCAUCAUGUAUAGCUUAUUCUAUGAAAGCCUAAAUAAAGUUCAGAUGAAGCUGAUGACAUUUCAUGCA